AGAGGAGUAGGUGCAUCAAAUCGGCCGCGCGCGAGAGACAGAGAGAGCUUGCGCUUGCGGACAGCAGCAGUCCGACGUGCAGUCAUGUAGACGCGUUGGUCAUUUCUCUUCCGAGAGGCUAUAACAACGUUGCGUCAAAGCUCGCAAGACAGAUUCCCGCUCACGUCCACGGAUACAAAUCACUUGUGAAUUUUAAUUGCGCUCUCUCCUUUUAUCUCUUCUACGAUUGGAGUAAUGGGCCUUUGUUUCGUCGCUCAUUGGACAGCAGCAGGACUACUCGAUCUCUAGGCAGCAGUGAAUCAAUAGGCAACGCGGACGGACGAGCAAACUUCCGCAAGCUCUGGGCUCGAGAGCCUGUCAUGCGAAAUGGUGCGCACCAGAGGGACGACGAGCUCGCUCGAGAAGCAAGUGGCCGUCGAGGUGGACUCGCUGGACUGCCUCGAGGAGGCCGCGACCGCCGCGGCCCUCGCCAGCCUCGAUAACAACAACAUGGACUGCGACAACGAUGAGGCCGAGCUGACCAAUCUCAAUUGGCUGCAGUCGCUCGACAUAACGAGCGCCUCGGGCCUGCCGACGCCGCCCUGCUCGCCGGCACCCCUCGUGCUCCCUCAGCAGCACGUCCAGCAGCGUCGCCCUCAACCCCCGCCCAAGCCCCAGAUCAAGAAGAUGUCGCCCCUGCUCAAAGCUCAGAUCGACAUGGCUGAGAACGGGCAAAAGUACCUGGUCGACGAGAGCAAGAAGCCGCCGUACUCGUACGCGACCCUCAUCUGCCUGGCGAUGCGCGCCAACGACAACAGAGUCACCCUGUCGAGCAUCUACGCCUGGAUACGCGACAACUUCAAGUAUUACCGGGUGGCCGAUCCGGCCUGGCAGAACUCCAUCCGCCACAAUCUCUCCCUGAACAAAUGCUUCGUCAAGCUGCCCCGCUCCAAGGACGAGCCGGGCAAAGGCGGCUUCUGGAAGCUCGACGUGGAGCGCCUCGAGGAGGGUCGUCGGACUCGUCGGCGCAACGCCUUCUCCCGCCGCUCGAGGACCUCGCCGGCGUCCUCGAGAUCCGCCGGCAACGGCGCGACCGGUAACAGCGGCCUCGUCCCCCCGGCGACGACGACGACGAGCAACGAUCAGCUGCAGCAGAGCCUCGUCUUUGCCAGCGAAACCGAUCACGUGUCAAAGAUACUCGAGGCCAACGGCGCCAAUCUCGAGGGUCCCAAGUGCCUCGUGCUGUACGAGACGCCGCCGAGCAGUGUAUCGCCUCCGAUACCCGACUCUCUGCCCGAGAUACCGGAAUCCGCCCAGGACUUUAACGUCUUUUCUACCCUGCAGGUGAACAUAAGCGAGGAGGACUUUACGGACCUGCUGAUCGAGAGUGCGGUCUGGGACGACGCCGUGGAAAAUCAGCUAGCCCUCCUGGACUCGGUUCUCGACAUGCUCUAAACAGGCCCUCGCUCAUCGCCGCGCGAAUCUUAGGCUCCGACAACGAGUUCAUUCAUUAUUCUGCUUUGUACAUUAUUUAUAAUCUUUAUUCUUGUUAAAAACUACGUUUCCACUAGUUUAGACGAGUACGUAUCGCACCCAGCCGACCCCGCUAAAUAAGAAGAAAUUAUCGUUUCAAAAUCACGAAAGUAUUAAAUAAUCAACAGCGAUUUCAUUUCAAAUCCGUGCCAAUCUAUCAAACGUCACACGUAAUUAUUACGCGCGAUAACGUUCGUUUUUUCUUAUUUACGCGCAACGUCGGGCGAGCGCUGCCUCAUCAAAGUGCAAAUAUUUUUUCGCUUUACAUUGACAAUUAUACAUUAUAUAUUACCUCGAGAUGGCAUUAUUAUAGUUUUACGCAAUGUACUGUAAGGAUUUUUCACCUUUUAGCCUAGUGAUAAUCGAGUUCUAUUAUACCGUAAUGUGUAAAUAAUAUCAAGUUGACGAGUUGGUAGAAGCAUUUGAAAAUUUAUUUUAUUUCAUGUAUUUUAAUUAAUGGCAAAAAAGUCGUGUAAAUAGAACAAAGCUGUUAGCCACGUAAAUUGAAUACUUGUAUGAUACAUAAUGAAUUUAGAAAUUAAUGAAAAAAGUCAUUAGACCUAAAUUAAUGACUUAGAGAUGCCUUACCAGGAUCCGUCCAAAGAUUAGAAAUAUAUGCAAUGGUAGCUUCUACCGAAUACUUAUAAUAAUAUAUUUCAUAGUCUUACCUGUAAAUUUUCGAUAAAAAAUAUCUAUUAAUGACUCUCUUCGGUAUCACUUAGUAUACUUUAAAAUUUACAUCGAUCUUAAAAAACUUGUGUGAAAUUAAUAAACCAGCAUAAUUAUAUCAAAACAAACAUAUUAUUGACAUUUUUAAUUAUUUCUGUCCAAACCAUUUCAAUUUAGAAUGGAUUAAAAUUUCUUUAAACAUUCGAGCUUUUAUGUCAAAUUUUUGAUAUUCUGAAAUAUUCGAUUAAUCAACUUGAACUAAACCAGUUUGUAAAGUAUGAUACUAUGUAAUUAAACUAGUUUCUAUUGAAUAUAGUCAUUCAAAUUUAAUAUUCAUUGUACUUAUGUUAUAUUUUCCAUUCUAAAUCUUCUUAGUGAUUUCGGAAGGAAAAAUCUGAAAUGUGCAGUUGGCUCUACCAUGAUAUAUCGAUGAUAUUAGAUAUCAUCGCCUAUAAUACCUGAUGGCAACAUGAUUAUUUUCAUUUAUUA